UAAUACCAUGGGAAAGAACUCCCUUUUUGGGUGUUUCGUCACGCGUCAUCUGUGACGCCCUUCGACGUGCUUGAACGCUCACCUCCCUCUUUCACUUACCGUCAUCAUGUCCUAUCGAGCCACGCAGCAUAGACCCGGCACAUCUUCCCCAAGUGGUGGAUCUCGAACGAUUACUCUUACAGGAGCACCUCCUCGGGAAGAAGGGGAGGAUGAUUCUGGCUCAGGAGGACCUAGCAACGCACCGACCGUAGGUACCCUGAAGCUUCGUGGGGUUACUCGGAAAGCUCGACAGAAGGUUGUAUGGAGUGAAAAUGUUGUCGAUAACGAGGGUUGUGGGAGGAAAUCGUCAAAGAUUUGCUGCAUUUACCACAAGCCUAGAGCUUUUGACGAAUCUUCAAGUGAAGAGGACUCGGAUUCUGACUCUGAUUCGUCUUGUGCCGGACAUGAUCACAAUCACUCACGACGAUUAUCUGGUAGCGGUGAAGGACUGCAGAACAGAGUGAACGGCGGAACCAUCGUAGAUUAUUCUGAUGACUCAGACGAUAGGAGCAAUGCGUAUGAGAGUGCCCCUUCGUCGAAGAAAGGCAAGCGAACUGAUGCUUGAGCAUCAUUCCAAACACACGUUGGUUACCCGUGAUUCCACCUCUCCUCCAUAAUGACGAUACACGUAUAAUCCAAUCCUACCUCCGCCGCUUUUCUUGGCGGGUUCAGGUGGCCUGCGCUUCGGAGACUAUCAUUAUCUUUCCGACAAGCGACUAUUAAUUCACGUCAUCUCCAGGGUGAUUCGGAUCUCAAUCAGCACCAUACUUCCUCCUCAGUAAAUCCGUACGAAACAUGCGUAUUGCGUUGCGCUAAUCACACGUAAAUGAGCUGCGUUGUGCCAGUUCCCGUACUUCUGGCAUCUUGACUUGUGGUAUUAUCGGUGACUGUCCACUGGUAUUUCACUCUAAUUCAAAUAGUGCUGCUCUUUGCUUCUGGAGAUGACUCGGAGGAGUGGGGAAGAAGCGUCAAGAGAUCGACCAAAAGACCGAUGAACUUCGGGAAGAAAUCACAGAAUUUUCUUACUCCAAUCACCAUCCUCCCGCCCAAAACUCUAGGCGGGGUCUUCACAUUGCUUUCAUUAGCGACCUCAAAAGUGCCGUGCAAGCUAUCGCAUACCAAACUCCGUCCACGUAACGAUCCUCAGCGCACAACUAAUAUCAAGCUCCAUGACUCGUAUGUCAUUUACCAA